UUCUUUCUAGAGAUAGAAAAACGAUCAUUCAGUUCACAUAACUUUUACUGGUGGGCCAGAUGUUUCUCGAAACCACCGUUGAGUAAACCGAAACCCUUCUUCCCUCCUUUUACACAGUUGGAAUCCAGCCAAAAUCUGAUUGGCUGAGAACCAGGGUGCUUGCCAAAUAAUCUUGGAAGCAGAGCUCAACACUAGCCGUCAUUGUAGCGCCUUCUGAGAAUUCAUCGACAUUGAGGUUCAGUAAGUCUUACCGUUCGGAACGCGAGACAUCUAAAACGUAAAGUGGAACGAAGUGACAGUUUUACGUUUACUCGAGUUUCUUACACUUCUAUAUCAUUCAAGUCGGAGUAUCGUAUAAUUUUGAUUUGAUUUUAAUAAUAGCUGAGAAGGUACGAACGACAACGCAGAGAUAUAGCGAUGGUGGAAGAAAAGAAGCUAUAUGAUUCCCCAGAAGAAAGCAAGGAAGAUUUGUCAGAAGACGACAAAGAGAAGAUGGUGUCGAGUUAUCUAGCCACCCACCCAGACUUUGUUAGGGAAUGGUUUAUUAAUUAUGUACCACGUGAUUUGGUGCAAGAGUUGAUGAAAACUCAAGAAGCUAUAGGUCAGGACGAAGAACUCACACUGACCAAUAGUCAUGUGGCGCGCGUAGGCCGGAACUCUGUUACUUCAGAACUGUUUCGAGACAUGUUGGCGGGACCUCGAAAGAGAAAAGUGAGUCAGGAUAUGAAGAAUAAGGUGAUUUUAAAGCACCAGUUGAGGACUUUAGAUGAGAACGAAUUGUUAAUGGAACUUAUUAGGGACAUCGCCAACGAGUUGGACAUUGACACGCUUUGCCAUAAGAUACUGGUCAACGUUUGUAUCUUGACUGAUAGCGACAGGAGUAGUCUUUUCCUUGCUAAAGGGAGUAGAGGACAGCGUUAUCUUGUGGCAAAACUUUUUGAUGUAACAGCAAAUUCUGUUCUGGAAGAUGCACUCUCAGCAGCAAUAGAAGAUGCUAAAAUUCCCCCCAUUCCUUUUGGAGUUGGAAUAGCUGGCCAUGUGGCAAGGACCAAGGAAACCGUGAAUAUCAAAGACGCCUAUCAA